UCCAGUUGCAUUGUGUAUCAGUCAUCACAGAUCCUUCCCACACAGCCGAAUGCACUCAUCAGUAUGGUAUGGGAUUAGAUAGAGCUUGCUGCACAUAUACCAAGGAUGAAUAUUUAAAAAUGAAUGACUCUGUCUCUGACUUCAGUGCAUUGUUGUGCUAGAGGGUGGCUAUUUGGACAUCCACAGCAGACUACCCCUAGGUUUCUAUUUUUAGUUUCUGUACAGUAGAGUUACAAGACUUUGCUGGAUCGAUGGCUUCUACUCAGGGCUACAAGGCUUCGUGGUGGGUUCAGAUUUUGCACCAGGUUCCACAUGUGAAUUUUCAGUUCAAUAUUGUGGACAGCACUUUUGCUCCUCAGGAGUGGGACUACCAACAGGCUUUGCUCUUUCUGUCUGCCAUAGCUGGGAUCUGUCUGGUGAUAAGCCUCAUCCUGAUAUGUGUCUACUUAAUCCGGUUUUGCUGCUGUAACUCUGAUGAAGACGAAGAGUCAAAGGAUCACCGUGUUUGCUGCGUUACAUGGAGCAGUGUGACAGCUGUGAUCUUCUGCUGUGCUGGCAUUGGCAUUGGUUUCUAUGGAAACAGUGAGACCAAUGAUGGUGGAUAUCAAGUGGCCUACUCCUUAAUGAAUGCAAACCAUACCCUCUCCUCCAUUGACCAGUUGGUCUCUGAUACCGUCACAGUGUUAAACAUUGCAGUGAAGAAUCAUCUCACGCAUCUAGAGGAGGUCUUCAGUAAGCGGACAGAGUUAAUUGUUAUUGUACGGAACACAAGGCGUCAGGCUGAGUCCCUCACCCUGCACAUUAGCAACCUCACUUUCUGGAAAGAUACACAUUUUACACCCUUCCAGACUGGAGAGCAAAUAAAUCUUUUUGAGGAUUACAGAUGGUUGGCUUACAUACUGCUGCUCUUAAUGGAUCUCAUCAUUUGUCUCUUCAUCCUUUUGGGGCUAGCAAAACAAGCUAAAUGGCUAGUAAUUGUGAUGACCAUGAUGGGGUCGCUGGCACUUCUUCUCAGUUGGGGGUCCCUGGGAUUGGAGACAGCAGCAGUUGUGGGACUGAGUGAUUUCUGUGUUGAUCCCAAUUCCUUCAUUCUCAAUACCACUGAAAUGAAAACAGAUAUCAGUUCAGAUAUCCUCCAGUAUUAUCUGACAUGUAAUCAGCUUGUUAGAAACCCUUUUCAGCAGAGGCUGACAGUGUCACAGCGUGCUCUAGCUAGCAUUCAUUCCCAGUUACAUGGACUUGAAAGAGAAGCGAUCCCACAGUUUCCUUCCGCAAAGGAUGACUUGCAAGUGCUCCAAAAUACAUUAAACAGGACGGAAGGAAAUUUUCAUCAGCUUAUUGCACUGUUAAACUGUAGAGGUUUACACAAGGAUUCCGCGGAUGCAGUGAAGGGAUUGUGCUAUGAUGGUGUGGAAGGCCUCCUCUUCCUUCUUCUUUUCUCUUUCCUCUCAGCCCUUUCCUUUACUGCCAUGAUCUGCACACUUCCACGAGCUUGGAAACAGUUCCAAAACAGGGAUUCAGAUUAUGAUGACAUGGAUGAUGAUGACCCAUUCAACCCUCAGGCACGUAGACAGACAUCUCGUGUGACAGGCAGGCCACACCUGCCAAGUUUCUAUAGCUACAGCAGUAGCUGCGGCAGCCAGAACAGCCUGCGUGUCUCAGCCCCUCCCAUUUCCAACGCCCCCGUCUCACAGUACAUGAAUCAAAGCGCUUUGUUCAGUGGCAAUCCUCGAUAUGAAAAUAUUCCCCUAAUUGAUCGACACUCUCCACCCCCUUCGUACUCCCCCAGUAUGAGGACCUCUUACAUCGGAACCAACCAGGAGGACAGCUUAAUUCAAUGUAGGACAGAGUUCUUAUCCUAAAAUGUGCAAGACCAGUAGAUCCACUAACAUGUGACUUCAUUUGAGAUGGACAGUCCACAUGUGUACAGAAUUUAGAUAGAAAUACCUGUCCCUAAACUAACCAAAAUGGGCAGACAGCUAGACUAACAUGAAAAGAAAUAAGGGAAUCCUAGUUAUCUGCGGUCCUUAGUAGCAAAAACAAUGCACACAGUAGCAAUAAUGUCAGUUCAGUGAUAACCACAUAUAACUAUCACUGUUGCAAUAUGAGCUCUUUAAAAACGAGUGUCAGUUAAUAUGAGAUUAUACUGAAAUAAUGAAAUGCAAGCCAAACAAUUGUCAACUGUAUUAGCAGACAGACAGUGACAGUGAGCUCAGCAAAGGGUAUAACAGACCACUCACAGAAGUAAAAUGAAGAACAAGUACAAAUAAUAAAGGAGGAAGACCUAUAAAGGGGGAAUUACAGAUAUAUAAAAACUACUGUCAGCUUCACCCACUGAGAUAAAUUAGGUGGAUAUUCUGCACUGAAGAGAGAUGAAGAGGAAGGCAUAAAGAUGGACUGACAUGUUAACAAUAGAGGCAGCAAUCCAAGAUACAUACUGUGAAAAGGAGAAAGAAGAUGAUACAUAAUGAUAGUGCAAAGCCAUACAGAAACAAGUAAUGUGAUCCUAUGAAAUCUAAGCAACAAGUAUUUCUCUAUUUACUAAAUCCUGUAGCCUUGAAUAAAGGAAUCAUUACUGAAAAACCAAGAUAUGACUGGCUUUUACAAAAUUCCAUUUUGGUGCUUAUAGCAAUCUUUACAACUGCAUUACAAACAUGAAAGGCCGUACUACUACAGCAUAGAAGAAAGCAGUCUUAGAGACGAAGUUAAUAAGUGAAAACUGAGGUUUGAUAAAGGAGCCAUACAGGAACUAACAACUUAAAGUGACAUGCAGGGUUAUGUAGCCUUGAAAUAUAUUUGUAGACACCUGCAUUCUUCUUUUCAUAUUGCCCGACUGACUCACUUUUUUAGUUAUUUAGAGCCAUAACUGAUAUAUGAAACAAAUAAACAGACUUUGACAGGAGCUGUGAUUAAAAGAUGAAGUAUAACUUGGUUGCACUGAUAUUAUAAAUUAAGUAAUCACCAGGAACACAAAAAAGAAAAAUGAUGGAAGACAACCUAAUGAAUCUUUUUCCCCAGAUUUUCAAAAGAGCUUCAAUGGUGUUCCAAUAAAAAUCAUUUUCCAGCUAUCUGUUGCAGUAGAGCUUAUUGUUUUCUCAUUUACUUUAAGAGAUUAAAUAGCCCAAAACCACAACAUUAUUUUGACCUAGUUAGUAUCAUAGAAUUAAAGAGUCAGAAUGAUAAUCCUGUUCCAUUUAUUUACUGCAGAAACAACUAGAAGAGAAGUCCAAAAGAAAAAGAUAUCAAGAAAUACAGGUGCACAUUUCAUCUGUUCAGCUGCUUAGACUGUCAUAUAGUGUACUGAUACAUAAGGGCAUUCUAAGAAUAUGGAUAGUUUGUGUAGAAAGGACUUUAGCCACUGUAGUUUGGUAUGAACUAAUGUUUUUGCAAUAGCUACAUACAGUAAUGAAUGAUAUCCCAUUCACAUAUAUACAUGCAACAGAAAUGCACUGAGUUACAUAUGCACAUCCUUAAAGAUUCAUCUCUGAUCCAAGACAGAAAACACAAGAAAGACUGAAAAUCUGUAACAAAACAGAAGUCUGUCAGAAAACACUUUCUAAGCUUGACAACAGCUCAAGGCUACAACUUCAGACAACAACAGAGUGAAGAGAUCUGGAAGCACUGCUUCAUUUAUAAGAAUGCCAGCAAACUAAGACACUAAUAAUGUGAUUUCUGUUUAGCAUUUAGAUAUUCCUGGUCUUGGUUACCCAUAACUGAAGAUUUGGGUAUGGACAUGAGUCUUUUACAGCCAUUCACUGUAUAAACAGGGUAUACUGUACCAUAUUAUUGCAUUGUAACUGCAUACAUUUUGCACAGAUGCAGACACGUCUUCCUCAAAUAGAGUUAUUGCUAUAUUCCAUGCUGGCUACAGUAUAAAUGUCAGCAAAUGGAACACUAUCUGUCUAAGCAUUUUAACAGAACCUUAGGUUAAGAACAGACUGCCUUGUGGGUACCCACCCCUUUGUCCUUAAAGUUUUGUAGGUUAAAUACUUAAGCAUGCAUGAUAUUUAAAAAGAAUGUGUGUGCUUCUCCAUACAAUGUCCGCUGUGUUAUACAGUUAUCCAGUGUCAUCAAAGCAUUCUAGUGAAAAUAGAUUACCAUGUAAAUGGGGUGAUUAACAAAUCUAUUUCAUGGACUUCAACAUCACAAACAUAAAGUAACAUUCUUCCACCUGUCAAAUAAACCAAAUAUGCCUGUUAGGUGAUAUUACAAUAACAUGGUAUAAAAUGUAUGAAUUUGUUGUUUUUAUACCAUCCUUUUUUAUUUUAUUUUAAACUGACUAACCUGUUCUAAAUUGUAGCCCAUAACUACACUUUGCAAAUUACACUGUUCUUUUUUCAAGUUCUGCUAUACAAAAUAUGUCAAGAUUUUUUUUUGAGACUAUAACUGCUUAGAUGUACUUUAUUCUUUGAUGUUAUGUUAUGUUGUUUUGUGGACUUUGCUGGUGCCUAAAGAUAUUUACUGAGAUUGGGCCACCUAUCUAGUUACUUAAGAAAGAAGUAACGUAGUUCUUAGAGUCAUUAGCUAUAGCUUUAUUACCAUACACUGGAAGAGGAAUAUUGUUCAAUUUUGCAAACUGGAACUUAUUACACUGUGAACAAAAUGCAACACUUCAUUUCCACACAUUAUUUGUAGUCCAUAAUACUUAUUAAUUUGAUGUGCAUUACAUAAUUUUUAUGCAGAACAGGCAGCGAAAAUCACCAUUCAGAUGUUUCAUUCCACAAAAUGGAUGCAUUGAUGUAUCAAUUCCAACAUCUGCCCAAGAAAAUAUGCGGCUUAAAACACUAGUAGGACAUGAUGUAUUGUAAUAAUGCAUAUGAUAAUGUAAAGAACUGUACACAUUCCCUUUAGUUUACGUGCAAGUCAGAUUAAUUGUUUCUUUCUUUUUCUAUUUCCCAACUUUUUAACUGUUCUUACAUUUCAUUCUGCCAUUAUAUCAGGCUACAUUGCACACCAGAGAAAAUACAAAAUAAAGGUAAUACCUGAUAUGACCACUCUUCAGUCUCUGUCUCAAACAUUCAGUCAUGCUGGUUUCUAUCUUGUUAAUGUUUCAGUUUGUGGGUUUGAAGAGAGGCAGACUUCUAAAACCUAACUUUAACUGAAAUAUAUCUGAAAGCAAAGCAGUGAAGAAGUAGAAAUUCCUGGACUUUUAUCCAUAAGAAAUAGUAGACUUCACACUUAUACAUUUCCUUUUCUUGUCUGAACCACUUGCACUUCAGGUUCUCUGUGCUAAUUAUUUUAUCUUCAUUCAAUGAUUUUCCAAAACCCACUUUAUUCUACUUAGGGUUGCAGUGAAUUGGAGUCUUUUUCAGCAAUAGUAGGUACAAGGCAGAAGAAUAAUCUUAUAUGGGAUGCUGGCCCCUCACACACACUUAUGGCUGUUUAGAGGUUUGCCAUUUCACAUAACAGUAAGCCAUUUUGAAUGUUGGGGGAAACUGCAGCAUCAGGUAAACAUUCAUAUGGGUACAGGUCCUCUGUAGCUUUGGUCUUUGUUUUGCCCUCCUCUUCUUUUUCACAUUACAUCUUCUCUUCAUAUAUUUUUAAAGACACUGCUACCAGACAUAGGAUGUCUUUUAUAUAGUAAAUUGGUUAAGAAAAUACUGUAUACAUGAACAUGGUAGAUGAAUCAUUGAUUAUCUGAGCUUUAAAAUAAGACAAAUGAAAAAUUUAAAUCAGCAUGGCUUUGUACAAGUCUACAUAAAUCAACUUUCAAUUUGUACCAUUCUUCUGAUCAAGCAAACUGUACCAUUGCACAUUGAGACAGAUAAAUGAAAAGAUGAAAAGAUUCUUGUGUUAAUCAGACUAUCCCACAUAUGUACUUAUCGGUUUGAUAAGAACACCACAGCAUUCCAGAAAUCAAGUAAUACUUACGUAUCUCAACACAAAGCGUUAUCAAUUAGUCUGUUUAUUCAGUGACCAACAUUUUUAAAACACAUUUGCCUACUUCCAAAGAAUAACAGAUAAGAAUUGGUACCUAUUUAAAACUAAAAACAGAUUCUUGAGAACCAUUUCUUUUAUCUAACCCAAAGCCAAGCAAACCAACACUGAGUAUCUUCUGCAUAUUUUUCAUAGUCUAAUUUUCUUUUACCAUUGCUAGACUGGAUCUGAGACAGAGCUCUUUCUUUGUCCUCUAACAAAUCUAUAAUACUAACAAGUCAUUCUCCUUAUCCUGUUGCUGAAUUUGAUUGCAGAGGGGUAUGUCUGCAGGCUUUCUGAUCACUUUUCAGACAGCCAGAGGUUCUAAGUCUGACUAACCAUAAUUAGGUGGUCGAAGGUUAUAACACUGUAAUAGAUACCUUCUCAUGUCUAAUGCCACAACAUGAAAUACCAUGGAAAGGUUAAAAUCCUACCAGUACACUUCCAUAUUUUACUGUAAUACUAAUGCAAUGCAGUUCUUUUAUAAAAUAAAGUAAGUCUAUAGCAAUGAACAUUUUGUAAAAAUAAAGCAGUGUUACUUAUCUUUCUAAAUGUAAUGCUUUAAACUUGAUUUGUUUUUCAGAAAAUUCAAUUUUCUUGUUUACUAUAUUUCUUGUUCUGACUGACCCUUUUGAUGACUUUCUAGUGAAUUUAAUGUAAAGCACUUUUUGUAAUAAAACCGGAGAAACAUCACA